CGGAAAUGACGUACCAUCCUUUCCAUCAACAAACUGCGGCUAAAUGAAUGCACUAAAAUCUACUUAUUUCAUCUAUAAUCGUAGGAUAAACGGGAAACUGAACGUCCGGUGGGGAGGAGAUGGCGGACCCUGCGGUGUCUUCGGGAAGCUCCGGGCGUGGCAGCAGUAAGUCGAGCUCCAGUCCUUCAGAGAACUACUGCCUUGCUCGGCGGCGCACUCUGCAGGUGGCUGUGAGUGCUCUCCUCACAGAGAGUGGCUUCGAGAGUGCGGAAAAGGCAGCGGUCGAGACACUCACGGAAAUGAUGCAGAGCUACAUAACUGAAAUCGGGCGUUGUGCUAAAGCAUAUUGUGAGCACACGGCCAGGAGUGUGCCCACUUUAUCAGACGCUGUGGUAACUCUCAUAGAAAUGGGUUUGAAUGUAGACACUCUACCUGUAUAUGCCAAAAGGUCUCAAAGGAUGGUAAUAACUGCACCUCCUGUGACGAACCCCCCUGUGACCCCCAAAGCCCUCACAGCCGGACAGAAGCGCACUCAUCCUGCUCACAUUCCCAGCCACUUCCCAGACUUCCCUGACCCUCACACCUACAUCAAAACUCCUACCUUCCGAGAGCCUGUGUCUGACUACCAGGUGGUCCGAGAGAAGGCUGCCACCCAGAGGAGGGAUGUGGAACGUGCACUGACCAGGUUUAUGGCCAAAACCGGAGAAACUGAGACUCUGUUCAAAGAUGACGUCACCACAUUUCCCUUAAUUGCAGCAAAACCCAGUGCGAUUCCAUACCUCAGCGCCCUCUUGCCCUCAGAGCUGGAACUGCAGAGUUUAGAGGAGACAGAUUCCUCUGAACAAGACGACCAGACAGACAGCGAGAACAUCACUGGACACAAUAUCACUGAUGACCCCAGUGCGGACAAAGAGAAUUCCCUCCUCCCUCCCAGCGCUGUUGUUCCAUCUUCAAAAUCAAACGAGGAAAACAUGAUCGACAAUCCGUACCUCCGCCCGGUCAAGAAGCCCAAAGUCCGGAGAAAGAAAUGAUAACUAUGGACUACAGUAGAAGGACUUUAGACAUUUUACAGUGGUACAGUUAGCUGUCACUAAGCACAACAGUGCCCCCUAUCUGUUUUUGGAGGUGGAAUCCUUUGCCACAACUUAAACUGAAAAUACUUUGUUAUUUGUUUAGUCUAAUUUCACCAGUAUCUUUGGUUAGAGUUUCAUGGACAGAUAAUGGUUUUGUAAAUAAAAAUAUUGCUUUUUAUUAUUAAUAA